UUUGGGUCGGUAACGUCACCUGUGAAUACCCCUAUGGCGCUCGGCAACGAUAAAUAGGGCUCCUCCCCACUCCCUUUUCUCCGUUCCAAUUUGAUUCUCUCCGAUCCAAUCAAAUCUUUUCGAAGCGACCCAAAGGGCUUCAGCUUUCGCCUCUCAAGAUGCAGAUCUUUGUGAAGACGCUCACCGGGAAGACGAUCACCCUCGAAGUCGAGAGCUCGGACACCAUCGACAACGUGAAGGCCAAGAUUCAGGACAAGGAAGGCAUUCCACCGGACCAGCAAAGGCUCAUCUUUGCGGGCAAGCAGCUCGAGGACGGCCGUACUCUUGCAGACUACAACAUCCAGAAGGAGUCCACUCUUCACCUCGUCCUCCGCCUCCGAGGUGGGAUGCAGAUCUUCGUGAAGACGCUGACGGGGAAGACCAUCACCCUUGAGGUCGAGAGCUCGGACACCAUCGACAACGUCAAAGCCAAGAUUCAGGACAAGGAGGGCAUCCCGCCGGAUCAGCAAAGGCUUAUCUUUGCCGGCAAGCAGCUCGAGGACGGCCGCACCCUUGCUGACUAUAACAUCCAGAAGGAGUCCACCCUCCACCUCGUCCUUCGCCUCCGAGGUGGGAUGCAAAUCUUCGUCAAGACUCUUACCGGGAAGACGAUCACCCUCGAGGUCGAGAGCUCGGACACCAUCGACAACGUGAAGUCCAAGAUUCAGGACAAGGAGGGCAUCCCGCCGGACCAGCAAAGGCUCAUUUUUGCCGGCAAGCAGCUCGAGGAUGGACGCACUCUGGCCGACUACAACAUCCAGAAGGAGUCCACCCUCCACCUCGUCCUCCGCCUCCGUGGCGGUUGCUGAACUCUGCCCGUCUCUCGGCGGCGGUGUUUGAUUCGGAGGUGCAGUUACAAGUCCAGUUUAUGAGUCGAAGCUUGUCUAGUCCUGUCUCCGUUCGUGCGUUUUGCUGCCGCUAUCGUCGUGUUAUCUGCAGUGCUUUCCUCUCCCCAUGCGAAUGCUGUGUCCCAUCUAAUAAUAAGUGUAACAAUAUUCUGCCUUUCUUCA